AUGGCUGUGAUCGAGAGGAUGGACAAUAACAAGUGUCGACAAGGAUGUGGAGAAUUAGAACACUCGGACUUCUGCGCAAAUGAAGUCCGUUUCCCGAAGAGGACGGAGAACUUGGCGGGUGGCGUCCUGCGCGGUGGGAUGGCAGGAGCGCGGGCCGCUGCCCUGCCAGGCCGCUGGAAUUGCGGGGCACCAGAGCAGGGCAGCCACAGUCCGCAGCCGGAUGGCGAAAAGCCUCCCGCCGUGCUGGGAUUAAACUCCCGAGUAAAUGUCCGACAUAGAGUAAAAACUCAUAGCGGCGCGGGGAGGGUGUUGACUGCCGGAGCUGGUUGUCCAAACUCGAAGCCAAUCUCGAGGGCCCUUAGGGAGAUUUUACAGCUACGGGGAUGCCAGGGACAGUUGAUGUCGCGGUUUGCAGGAGCCCUGCGGUUUUGCUGGGAAGCCGCGGAACCAGCAGACUUAGAUAAAAAAAGGCAUGUAGAGCUGAAGAUGGACCAAGCGUUGCUGCUCAUCCAUAACGAACUACAUGGAACAAACCUGACUGUCUACUGGAAUUCUGAACGCUGUUAUCAUUGCUCAUUUCAGGUUCUAGUAAAUGUUUCCUGGAGUGGAAAACCUGGGAAGCCUAGCACUGCGGCGGUUGCUGUGAGCACCCAGCAUGGAUCUAUCCUGCAACUUAAUGACACUGUGGAAGAGAAGGAAGUUUGUAGGCUGGAAUAUAAAUUUGGAGAAUUUGGAAACUAUUCACUCUUGGUAAAGCACGUCCAUAAUGGAGUCAAUGAAAUUGCUUGUGACGUAGUUGUCAAUAAGAAUCCAAUUGACAGUAACCUUCCUGUGUGUGUCGCUUUCCUUAUUGGUGUGGCAAUCAUCAUUGCAGUCUCAUUUCUCAGGUUUUUACUGAGUUUGGAUGACUUUCAUAAUUGGAUUUCUAAAGCAAUAAAUUCACGGGAAACUGAUCGCCUGAUCAAUUCUGAGCUGGGGUCUCCAAGCAGGGCAGACUCACUCGGUGGCGAUACUCAACCAGGAGGAUGGUGUCCACCUGCCUCACCUCCGCGCCUCCGCUGUGUAGACACAUUCAGGGGGAUAGCUCUCAUCCUUAUGGUCUUCGUUAAUUAUGGAGGAGGAAAAUAUUGGUACUUCAAACACUCAAGUUGGAAUGGACUGACGGUGGCCGACCUUGUAUUCCCAUGGUUUGUAUUUAUUAUGGGAUCUUCGAUUUUUCUGUCAAUGACUUCCAUAUUGCAGCGAGGAUGUUCAAAACUCAAAUUGAUGGGGAAAAUUGGAUGGAGGAGUUUCUUGUUAAUCUGUAUAGGAAUGUUCAUUGUGAACCCCAAUUACUGCCUUGGUCCAUUGUCUUGGGAUAAGGUGCGAAUCCCUGGUGUGCUCCAGCGGCUGGGGGUGACCUACUUUGUGGUUGCCGUGUUAGAGCUCAUCUUUGCCAAACCUGUGCCUGAAAGCUGUGCCUCGGAGAGAAGCUGCUUUUCCCUUCGAGACAUCAUCUUCAGCUGGCCCCAGUGGCUCUUCAUUCUGAUGCUGGAAAGCAUUUGGCUGGGCUUGACAUUCUUCUUGCCUGUUCCUGGAUGUCCUACUGGUUAUCUUGGACCUGGUGGCAUUGGAGAUUUGGGGAAGUAUCCAAAUUGUACUGGAGGAGCUGCUGGCUACAUUGACCGCUUGCUUCUGGGCGAUGACCACAUUUACCAGCAUCCUUCUUCGGCCGUGCUUUAUCACACCGAGGUGGCCUACGAUCCAGAGGGAAUCUUAGGGACCAUCAACUCCAUUGUGAUGGCAUUUUUAGGAGUUCAGGCAGGAAAAAUACUCUUGUAUUACAAGGACCAGACCAAAGACAUACUGAUCAGAUUCACUGCCUGGUGUUGUUUUCUAGGGCUUAUUUCUAUUGCUUUGACGAAAAUUUCUGAAAAUGAAGGCUUUAUUCCAAUAAACAAAAAUCUGUGGUCCAUUUCCUAUGUCACCACACUGAGCUCCUUUGCCUUCUUCAUCCUGCUUAUCCUGUACCCUAUUGUGGACGUGAAGGGACUGUGGACAGGGACCCCGUUCUUCUACCCAGGAAUGAAUUCUAUUCUGGUGUACGUUGGCCACGAGGUGUUUGAGAACUACUUCCCCUUCCAGUGGAAGCUGGGGGACAACCAGUCACACAAAGAGCAUCUAACUCAGAACAUAGUCGCCUCUGCACUUUGGGUGCUCAUUGCCUACAUUCUCUAUAAAAAGAAGGUUUUUUGGAAAAUCUGA